UCGUGCGUAACAUGUGGACCAGAUCGUUCUAUGUGUGGUUUGCAUCGACGACAACAUUACUGCUCACGACCGAGAUAGCAACAUCAAACGCGCUGCUGAAACGAUGCUACCAAUGUCGAUCGCGGAGCGAACUCGGCAGCUGCAAAGAUCCGUUCCUGUGGAAUGCCACACAAGUUGAGAGUGAACGUGGCGUGUCGGCCGUACCUUGCGCCUCCGGCUGGUGUGGCAAAGUGAUCGAGGGGAUGGGCUCGUUCCGUGAGGAUGAUUACGAUAUGGCCACCCAGCGCAUGUGCGUCCAGCGAGGACCCUCCGAUUCUGAAGAUCGCUGCGCGUAUACCGUCUACAACCACAAGAAGGUGUACAUGUGCUUUUGUCAAGGCGAUCUCUGCAACGGUACCGACACACCGAGAGCACGUUGGGUUAGCCUGUGCAGUAGUAGUAGUGCGAUGCUACUAUCGCUAAUCCUGCUGCGGUUCUAUUUAUGCUAGAUUUCA